AAAGAGAGAGAGUAGAAGGAAACGGUUCAGAGACAUAGACCCACCCCAACCCAACGUAAAGCAACCAACCACACCUCUCUCUCCCUCUCUCUCUCUCUCUUGCUUUGCUUUCACUUCUCUGCUUCACAAACACAUUAUCAUUUACAUAUUUAGUGUUUUAGAUCACCAACACCAAACUCUCUCUCUCUUUCUCUUUCGCUCUCUCUCUCUCUCUCUCUCUCUCUCUCUCUCAGUUUUCCUUGGACUUGACUCUGUUCCUAGUUUGAUUUACCACCUUUGCUUACUUUUAGAUCUCUGUUCUCCCAAUUCAGAGACAUUGACUUUAAUUUGGUUGGUUUUGGUGAUACGGUGAUUAGAGACAUGACUACAGAGCUCUUGGAUAUUCAACCUAGUGAACUCAAGUUUACAUUUGAGUUGAAGAAACAAAGUUCUUGUGCAAUUAUUCUUGGCAACAAGUCUAAUCAAUAUCUUGCCUUUAAGGUGAAAACUACUUCUCCCAAGAAAUAUUGUGUAAGACCGAACACAGGCAUCAUAAAUCCCAAUGCAACAUGUGAUUUUACAGUGAUUAUGCAAGCUCAGCGUGUAGCUCCGCUUGAUUUGCAGUGUAAAGACAAGUUUCUGAUUCAGUGCACGGGUGUUCCGGCUGAAACUACUGAAGAGGAUAUUACAUCUGAACUGUUUUCAAAAGAUGGGGAAAAAUAUGUUGAAGAGAGGAAGUUAAGAGUCGUGCUCAUCAGCCCAUCCCCUUCCCCAGUAUUGCUACCUUUUAAUGGAGAGUCAAAGCAAGAUCCAUGUUAUGAAACUUUAGUACUAAAAGAUAAAGUUCCCAGUGGAGUUGAAAAUGUACCACCUCAUAAGAAGACUGUUAAAGAUUUUGAAGGAUUUGAACCAACUAUGGAUCAAGAUGAGUUAAGAGCAGCCAAUGAGAUGGAGGCCAGACCCACUACAGAGGAUGUGGAAGAACCAAAACCAGCAAAGGAUGGUUUAUUACUGAACCUAAAUAAGGAUUUCAAAGAGUUGACAUCAAAGUUAAAUAUAGUGGAUUCAAAGCUAAAAGAGGCUGAACUUACUAUCUUGAAGCUAACAGAAGAGAAAAGCAAGAACAUCAAAGAGAGAGAUAUGCUUAAGCAUGAACUGGAGAUGUUGAAGAAGAACAACAACAUGAAAGAUGUACAAGUAGGAUUUCCCCUUCUCUUUGUUUUUAUGGUUGCCCUCAUCGGUUUGGUUGCCGGAUACUUUGUUCAUCCAUAGGAGAAUAGCUGAGCUGUUGAAUGAUUUGGUCCCUCAUUCAUAGAGCUGUUUGUUUUAAUUGUAUUUGAUCUUGUAAUAUAUGGAUUCUCUUCUAAUUUGUGCAGCUAAAAUAAAGGAAAACUUUAGUCUUUUCUGUCAAGGAGUUGGCCUCUGUACUCAUCUUGUUUUCUUUCUUUUUAUUAACACUAUAAAUUUAAUGUUGAUAUAAUUUA